AUGUCUCAUUCCAGAAAAGCAGAACUUCCAGCUGUCAUUAUUGACAAUGGUUCUGGGGUGUGCAAGGCAGGGAUCUCUGGAGAGCAAGCACCAAGAACAGUUGUUGCUACUGUAGUUGGCUACCCUAAGUCCCAAGCAAUUAUGUUUGGUCCUGUCCAGAGGGAGUCUUACGUUGGGAAAGGGGCCCAGGCCAAGAGAGGCAUCUUGUCUUUUAAAUACCCAGUGGAACAUGGAAUAGUGACAUCUUGGGAUGACAUGGAGAAGAUAUGGAGGUAUAUCUACAGACAUGGACUCAGAAUAAGAGCCCGAGAGAGACCUGUGUUGGUGACAGAGGCCCCGCUGAACCCAGCACCAAACAGAGAAAAAAUGACAGAGGUCAUGUUUGAAAACUUCCAAGUGCCUGCUAUGUUUGUGGGAUUGCAAGCUUUGAUGGCCCUCUACGCGGCUGCUCGCACAACAGGGUUAGUCUUAGACAGCGGAGACGGCGUCACUCUGACAGUCCCCAUCUACAAAGGCCAUUGUUUGCUCCACGCCAUUUCCAGGAUGAAUUUUGCAGGCCGGGAUAUUACGAGACACCUAGCGACGCUUCUCUUAGAGAGUGGGCACAGCUUCUUGAGCUCUGCUGAGAAGGAGAUUGUGAAGGACAUCAAGGAGAACUUGUGCUACGUAGCUUUAGAUCCUGACUGUCAGAAGGACAAGAGGUUGGUUCAUAAAUAUACUCUCCCAGAUGGAAACCCCAUCAAGAUUGGUGACCAGCUCUUCAGAGCUCCAGAGUCCCUUUUUAAGCCAGCUGAUGCCGGAGCCACAGCGCCCGGAAUUCACCAGAUGAUCUUGGACAGUGUUAUCAGAUGUGACGGGAGCAUCCACCAGACUAUCUGGAGGAAUGUGAUCAUGGCGGGUGGAUCUACCCUCUUCUCUGGUCUAAGGGAAAGGCUUCUGAAGGAGCUCCAAAUGCUUGUCCCCACGGGCACGCCAACAAAGGUCGAAGCCCCAGAAGAAAGGAUGCACUCUGUCUGGAUUGGAGCCUCAGUACUCACCAGCUUGGCUUCAUUUAGAGACAUGUGGGUGACCCAGCAGGAGUAUAAGGAAGUGGGUCCAACCGUAUUGCAGAAGAAAUGCUUCUGA